UAAGCCAGCAAAUCGAGGAGAUCCCUCCCCCCCUUCUUACUCCAUCUGCUGAUUUGCCGCGUGAACGGCCCGAUCGAGUUUCUCGAGAGACGACGGUCAUGGCAUCACGGCGAUCCGCGCGGCUGGCUGCCAUGGCCAGCGACGCCAAAAUUGCCAAUUCAGCGUCUCAGCCGCUGCCCCGGUCAUCGUCGGCGACAAGAAAACGAAAGGCGUCAUUACAAGCUCCGGCUGCCGAGAAGCCAGCGGACCCUCCAUCCACAGCACGGAAACGACGAGCGAAGGGGUCCGACGAUGCGCCCGAGACGCCGACGCCUGUCGCAGUGAGCCUCAUCGCAGAAGAAGCGCACACGCAAAAGCCGAAGCCCGCAGCAAUCGCCCGCCUGGCGGACCCGAACCGCACCAAUGCGCUUCUACGUUCCCCCAAGACAUCGCGCAUCAUCGUCCCCACGCCAGUCGAAGCUGUGCCUUCCAAGCUGCGAGACGGUAACAAGUCUACGGGGCCGGCAGCAGCAGCGGCCGCAUCAGAAGCAGCAGUAACGACGACGACGACAACAACGACGACGGCGGCGGCGACUAGACCAACAACAACAGCUAACCUACUAGAAGAGGCCUGCGCACACCUGAUCAAGGUCGACCCGCGCAUGAAGCCGCUCAUUGAAAAGCACUACUGUCGCAUCUUCUCGCCCGAGGGCCUCGCCGAGCAGAUCGACCCCUUCGAGUCUCUCUGCAGCAGCAUCAUCUCGCAGCAGGUCAGCGGCGCCGCCGCCAAGAGCAUCAAGGCCCGCUUCAUUGCCCUUUUCAACAACAGCAACAACGGCGGCGGCAGCAACGACAGCAGCGACAACGACAACAACAAUAGCCACACCGCGGGCGCAGGCGCGGAUGGAGUGGAUGGAGUGGAUGGAGUGGACGGCCCCGCCGUGGCGGCGACCUUCCCAAGCCCGGACGAAGUCGCCGCGAUGCCGCUCGAGAGGCUGCGGACGGCGGGGCUGUCGCAGCGCAAGGCCGAGUACAUCCAGGGCCUGGCGGCCAAGUUCGCGACGGGGGAGCUGACGGCGCAGAUGCUGGCGGACGCGCCGUACGAGGAGGUGCUGGAGCGGCUGACGGCGGUGCGCGGGCUCGGCCGGUGGACGGUCGAGAUGUUUGCGUGCUUCGCGCUCAAGCGGAUGGACGUCUUCUCGACGGGCGACCUGGGCGUGCAGCGCGGCAUGGCCGCCUUCGUCGGCCGCGACGUCGGCCGCCUCAAGGCCAAGGGCGGCGGCGGCGGCAAGUGGAAGUACAUGUCGGAGCGCGAGAUGGAGGAGAUCAGCGACCGCUUCAGGCCCUACCGGAGCCUGUUCAUGUGGUACAUGUGGCGCGUCGAGGAGACGGACGUGAGCACCAUGGAGAAGUAGGUGGGAUGUUAUAUCCCCCCCCCCCCCCCCCAAAACAUGCCGCGGGCGUGGGUCACAGCUCUGUGGAUGUAUGUACGCGUAGUGCAGCUGCCGGUACACGACGGCUGCUUCUAAACUGACCCCGAGGGCCCUGGUGGUAGUGUAUGUACUGUACUGUACGGGCGCUCGCCGUAACAGCGCUUCCUGGGUCCUCGCCUGCGCGUCUAUACAUACACUAGAGCCAACCUCUCCAUUCCUGGACAAUCCGGUGUG